AUGGAGUUUAAGGAUAAACCCCAACCUAUUGAAAUGAAAUGGUACGUCAAAACACCUGCCAAAAGAAAUAAAAAUAAAGAUACAUUGGCAAAGUUAUGGCAAGAUAAAAUUGAUCAGUUAAGAAAUAAUGCACCAAAAGGAAGUAUCAAAGCUUUAGUUGAUUUCUAUCAAGAGAAUAACAGAGACCAAAACUAUCUUCCAGUAAAAAUAUGUUUUGCGUUAUACGGUCUUUUAACUAAAUACCAAACUAAACAACGAAAUGGAUUUACGUCAGUAUGUACUCCUAUUUCAGAAGAAAGUCUUGAAGUAUUCUGUUUUAUGAUUCAAACUGAUCGUAGUUUUCAAGAUAUUAUUGAAACAAUGAAUAUUUCAACUAUUUGUCAUGAUUUCCAAUUUAAUUUACAUUUAGCUAAUGAAGAUGAAAAUGUUCGUGCAAUGAUGACUACUAUCGUUCUCUUUCUUUCUCAAAACUAUUAUAAAUUUAGUAACUGGAGAGAAUACAUCAAACCAAAAUAUCAUUGUAUUAUUGAAGAACCUGCUAAUGAAGCUCAACAAGAAGAAAUACCAGAAGGUCGUUUUAGUAAAGAUGCAUAUCUUCCAACUGAAGGACACUUCUAUGAUGUAGAUGUUCAAACUAUUCUUACAACAUUUAGAACUGAUUUAGAAAAAGGGUUAUCUUCAAUGGAAAUAGAUCAAAGAAGAGAAAAGUAUGGAACAAAUGAAUUACCAAAACCUCCUAAAGUGAAUGUAUUUAAGAUGUUAUGGAAUCAAAUUACUGAUUUUAUUGUUAUGGUAUUAAUAGUUGGUACAAUUGUUUCUCUUUGUAUUGAAGAAUGGAUUGCUGCUGGAAUGCUUAUUGUUGUUAUUGUAUCUAACAUUGUCAUUGGAUUUACUCAAGAGUUUAAAGCAGAACGUGCAUUAGAGGCUUUAGAAAAUGCUGAUGUUAUUCAUGUUAAUGUAAUAAGAGAAGGAGUAACGGAUAUAAUUACAGCAGACCAAUUAGUUCCAGGAGAUGUUGUUGUAUUAGAAGAAGGAAAUACUGUCCCAGCUGAUCUUCGUUUAUGUCAAACUCAUCACUUAGAAGUUGUUGAAGUUCUUUUAACAGGAGAGAUGAAUCCAAUUGAAAAGAGUACUGAUCUUAUUAAAACGCCUAAUGUUCCAGUUGGAGAUAGAAAGAAUAUUGCAUUUAUGUCAACCAGUGUAGUUAAAGGAAGAGGAGUUGGAGUUGUUGUUGCUACAGGUAAAGUAACAGAGAUUGGUAAAAUUUCAAGUGAAUUAAAUAAAAAAAUUGAUAAAACAAUGCCAUUAAAGAGAAAAUUAGCAAAUUUAGGAAAAUGGCUUGUAUUAUUAGCUGGUAUUUUAUGUUUAAUAGUUGUAGGAUUAUUAGUUUUAUGGUUAUUCAUUAAAAAUGGAAGUAUGACAUGGGACGAUACAGUUAGUAUUAUCAAAAUUGGAUUAAGUUUAGCUGUUUCAGUUAUUCCAGAAGGACUUGUUGCUGUAGUUACUAUUACUAUGUCUAUUGGAGUUAGUAGAAUGAGUAAACAACAUGUUAUUAUUAGAAAUUUACCAGUUGUAGAAGGGCUUGGAUCUGUUACUACUAUUUGUACAGAUAAAACAGGAACAUUAACACAAGGUAGAAUGACUAUGACAGAAAUUCGGCAAGGACCAAAUUUAUAUAAUUUUAAGACUAUUAAUGGUCAGUUUAAGAUUUAUAAUUCAAUUGAUAGUGAAAUAUCUCAAAUUCCUAGUGAAUCUAUUGAUAUUUUAAAUGUUUGUGCAAUGUGUAACAAUAGCUCUACUAAAGUUAAUGAAAAAGGAGAAACUGAAAUGAUUGGAGACCCAACUGAAAUUGCUUUAUAUAAUUGUGCUCUUCAUUGUGGUAUUACAAAAAGUAAUUAUGUUAAUAAUGGAAAUAUAUUUGUUACUGAAGUUCCAUUUGAUAGUGACAGAAAGAGAAUGAGUGUUCUUUAUAAAGAUAAUAAUAAUAAUGGAACUAUAUUUGCUAAAGGAGCAUGUGAAUCUAUAUUAUCAAUUUGUUCUUCUAAUUUUGACGGUAAACCAUUAAACCAAGAUAUUUUAAAAGACAUUGAAAAUCAAAUGAAUUCUAUGGCACAAAAUGGAAGUAGAGUUCUUGCAUGUGCUAUUGGUAAAAUUAAUAUGAACAUUACACCUAUUACUGAAGAUAAUAACACUGAUAUAGAAAAUAGAUUAAUGUUUCUUGGUUUAGUUGGUAUUGUAGAUCCUCCACGAAAUGAAAGUGCUUUAGCUGUUAAAGCACUUAAACAAGCUGGUAUUCAAGUUAGAAUUAUUACUGGUGAUCAUCCAAAAACUGCAGGUGCCAUUGCUAAACAAAUUGGAGUUAUAGAUCCAGAAGAUGACGUCGAUCAAUAUAUCAUGACUGGUAAUGAAUUACUUGGUAUGAGUGAAAAAGCUUUAGCUGAACGUGAACCAUUUCCAAGUGUUUUUGCACGUGUAUCUCCAGAAGAUAAACUUACUGUUGUUAAAGCAUUAAAAAGAAGAGGAGAGGUUGUUGCUAUGACUGGAGAUGGAGUUAAUGAUGCUCCUGCUAUUAAAUCAUCUAACAUCGGUAUUGCUAUGGGAAGUGGAACUGAUUUGACAAAGCAAUCUGCUGAUAUUGUUCUAUUGGAUGAUAACUUUUAUAACAUUGUUUCUACAAUUAAAGAAGGAAGGAGAGUAUUUGAUAAUAUAAUGAAAUUUGUCAUGUAUUUAUUAAGUGCUAAUUCUGCAGAAAUUUGGACUAUGAUGAUUUGUGUUGCAUGCGGUCAAACACCACCAUUUUCUGCAAUGAUGAUUCUUUGGGCAAAUUUAGUUGUUGAUAUUCCACCAUCAAUUUGUCUUGGACUUGAUCCUCCAAUGAGUAAUAUUAUGGAAAGAAAACCAAGAGACCCAAAUAGUAAUAUAUUCAAUUGGAAGAAAGCUUUAAUUGUGUUAUUCCAAGGAAUGACUAUGGCUAUUAUUUCAAUUUCACUCUUCUUUAUGACACUUUACAUUAAGCCAUUGGCUGAAUUUGGAGGAUAUGAUAUGCCAACAGGAAUGACUGAUGAACGUCCAAAUCAUAGUAGAACUCUUGCAUUCAUUUCAUUGUCUGUAAUUCAGUUAUUCCAUUCUUUCAUUAGUAAAUCAAUCACCGGUCCUACAAUUUCAAAAGAUAUGUUUGGUAAUAAAUAUUUAUUAGUUGGACUUGUUGUAUCUGUUUUAUUCCUUGUUGCUGGUAUUUAUAUCCCUUAUUUCAAUGACAUUAUUGAACAAUAUCCAUUAAAGUGGUUAGAUUGGUUAUUAAUUCUUGUUGCUGUUCUUGUCCAUUUUGUUAUUUGUGAAACAGUAAAAUUAGUUUUAAGAAUUGCUUCAAAGAAACGAGAGUCUAAAUACGUUUUAUUCCAUGAUGAUCUCUAA